UCAGCCAGUCUAAAAUAAAGUGCUUAGACUGAAAAACUUGUUUGUCAGCAGAAUUCUUUAAUUCAAUGGUAAAUUGCUCCAGCUGGGAAUAACUCUGGAUAAUAAAAACUCUGGUGUGAACGCCAGGAAUCCUCCAGCACAGAUUGGAUCUAACACUGCCCCUGCUCUGAAGCUCGUUUGGAGAGCCCUCCAUUAGCAAGGCACAAAUCCACUUGGCUUUGCUUCAAACCUUCAGCCACAGCAGAAUGUUUAAAAAACUCACCAAACUCCUUGUAAGUCAAGUGGAUCCAAACCAAGAAUUGGUCCCUGUCGAGAGCAUCGGAGAUGAUAAGCACUUCAGGCCCCUCUAUCUACUGAGAAGCAAAAACAAACCAAACACCACAUUCCACUCAGCUCCCUUCUACCAGGAGGCAGGAUUCAAACUGGAUGAUGUGCUGCUGCCUGGAAAACAUGUGCCUCUCCAUGAAGAUUCCAGACCAUUUACUAUCACAACAGACACCACGGAAAACAUUGAGGGGGGUAUCACCAUUCCUCUUGACGCUGUAAGCAUAGGGGUGGAAGGAGGUGGCUCCGCAUCCUACACGUUGUCCAUCACAGCACAGCAGAAGGGCAUAUCACUGGAAUCACUGGAGGAAGUGAGAAGAGAAAGAAAAAUCAACAUGGAUCACCACUUCAUCCAACAGCUACAGAGAACAGGCAGCAAUUUAUUUGUGGUCACUGAAAUCCUCGAAGCUGCAAAGGAGGGUGUCUUCAAGGAAUCCAUCAAGGAAGAACUGAGCAUCUGGGAAAAGAUUUUUGACCUAAUCAGGGGAAAGGGCUCAAGGGAGAAGACUCAAUGCAUAACU